AUGUCUAGCAGACUGCUGAAAAAAUUUUUAAAAGAGAAAACAAAAGAUGAGAUAAAAAAAAUUAAUGAAGAAGAAGAAACGUCAUCUUUAGAAUUAAUAGAAAGGAAAAAAAAGAAAAAUGUUUUCACUUAUUUAAUGUCAUCAGAAAGUGAUGACAGUGUAACAAGCCACAAUACAAAUAGUGAUAAAAAUGAUAAUGAAGGGAAACAAAAUAUUGAGCAUAAUAAAUUAAGAGAGAAACAAAAAGGAAAUAAAAAAAAAUAUAACAAUGAAACAAAGAAUACUAUUCAAACAAAACAUAUGACUGAUAAAAAAGAUACAGUUGAAAAACGACUUGAUAAUUAUUUUGAAAUAAGCCCAAGUGUGGAAGAGAAAAAAAAGAAAAAAAAAAAAAAGAAAAAAAAUGUGGAUGAAGAAAUAUCAGAUAUAUUGAAUGAAAUAAAUAAAGAAGAAACAAAAAAAAAAAAAGGAACAAAUAAUUUAAAUAAUCAUAUAUAUAAUAAUCAUCAAAGAGGUGACAACAAUAUUGAAUAUAACAAAGUUAAUGUUUCACAAGAUGAGGGGAAUACAAAUUUUAUGACCAAUCCAGAUAAUAAUAAAAGUGAUAAUAAAAAUUAUUGUAGUGAUUAUAAUAAUGAAGGAGAAUCCAUCCAGAUUCAACUUUUUACAUGCACACAUGAAAAAUAUGAUUAUAGCCUAAAAUUAGAAAAAAAUAAUUUUGAUGUGAAUAUAGAAUUAAAAAGAAUAUUUGGUAAAAAUUUUGUUAAAAAAAAAAAGUAUAUUCAAAAAAGUAAAAUAAAAUAUUUGAAGAAUUGGAUAAUUCAAGAUUUUACAACAAAAAUAGUUCAAGCACCUUUAUCUAUGAAAUAUAAUGAUAAUGAAUUUAAAAUUGAAAAAAAUAAAUUAUAUUUGAAUGCUGAAAAUUUAUUUUAUUUAUUAUUAGAUUCUCAUGAUAUAGAAGCAAUGAAUGACUUAGUAAAAAAAUAUCCAUAUCAUAUAGAAACAUUACUUGUAUUAGCUGAAUAUUAUAAUGAAACAAGAAAUUAUGAAAUUGCUAAUAAUUUUAUUAAAACAUCUAUUUUAUUAUUACAAAAUAUUUUUCAUAUUAAUUUUCAUCCUAAUUUUUUAAAUAAAAAUUUUAAUGUUUUUAUUAAUCCAUAUAUAUAUGAUAAUAAAUGUAUAUUCAAAUCAUUAUAUAUGCAUAUGCAAUCAUUAGAAAAUGAAGCAUGUACAAUCACAGCAUUAGAAAUUGCAAAGCUAUUAUGUAAAAUUGAUCUAGCUAAUGAUUUAUGUAGUAUAUUAUUAAGAAUUGAUAAUAUUAUCCUCAAAUGUAAUUUAUAUGAUUUUCUUUUAUAUUUCUCCUUUAAUUUUAUAAUACAAAAUAUUCAAUCUGUAAUACCUCCUCACACAUAUGCUCAAAUAAUAACCUUGUUAAUAGAUCAAGAAAACACACUUCCUAUACAACAUAUUGAAAAUAAUCUUACUACUAAUAAUACUGAUAAAAUAAAUAACAUUAACAUCCAAUCGAAUCAAGACAAAGAAAAUAUUCAAAACAAUGAAUAUAAAGAACAUAAUAUAAAUAAAGUAAACAUGCAACCUAAUCAUGAUGAUCAUCAUAAUUAUUUGAAGAAUAAUGAUGUGUCAACAAAUAAAAAUGAAGCAUCUACAAAAAAUGAUACUACUUAUAAUACAGAUAAUGAGCAAAAAGAAAUACAUAUAAAUAAAUGUGAUCAAAAUGAUAUAUUAAAAAAUAAUUCCAUACAUUCAUCACAAAAUUGUGAUAUUUUUACAAAUCAAAAAAACAAACAGUCUAUUAUUAUGAAUGAACAAACAAAUUUAUAUAUUUUUAAUAACUAUGAAAUUAGAUUACAUUUCAUACUUCCAAAUUUUGCUUUUGCUAUACCCAUGUCUUUAUAUUUAAAAAUAAAUACUCAUCUUAAUCUUGAAGACAUAAAACUUAUUAAAAUAAAUGAUAUAAUUAAUUCAUUCUCAUAUGAAGAAUGUAAAUAUUUAAUUCCACAUUUUAAUAUAACUUUUAAUUGUUAUAAAUGGAAGGAGCAAAUAAAUUAUCAUGUAAAUCAAACAUCUGAAAAUAACAAGAAAUCGAAUACAAAUCAAAAAGACAUACAUGAUAUAAAACAAAAUCAAAAUAAUAAUAAUAACAAUAAUAAUAACAAUAAUAAUAAUAAUAAUAAUAAUAGCAAUAAUAAUAACAAUAAUAAUAAUAAUAAUAAUAAUAGUAAACAAAAUUAUUCAGUUUCGUUCUGUGCACAUCUGUUUUUAAUUAGAGCACUAUUACAGUUCCCUAGCUUUUUAAAAAUAUUUCUUCAUUAUAAUAAUUUUAAAGAAACAAAAAUUGUAAAACAAACAAUAUAUGAUUACUUAUUCCAAGAUAUAUUAGCUGCUCCUCCUUUUUCAAAUACACAAAUGUUUAACAAGCAAGAAUAUGAAAUUGUACAAAAAAUUAUUUCUUGCUUUUUAGAAAAAAAUAAUAUCUAUUAUAAAUCAGAAAAAAUUAUAACAUGGCUACAUGUGUUAUCUCAAGAAAUUGACGAGGUAAGAAAGGAGGGAUACAAAAAAAUUGCCCUAUUAGAUAUAAAUAAAUAUAAACAUGUUAGAGUUGGAGAAUUCAAAUUACACAAUUAUUUACUCCCUGAUUUUUUAAUGGAAAAAAAUAGAUCAUAUAAUCCAAAUGUAAUUAACAGGGCAUCAAAUUAUUAUAUUUCUUUAAAUAGUAACUUGUUAAUAGCUUUUUUUCAGAGUUUGUUACCUUGGUAUCAAGUGGAUUAUAGUGGUACAAACUCCAGACCUGUCUAUUUCUCAACGUUAUUAAGAACAACCUUAGAUAAUAUCAAGCAUUUUUUUAAUUGUGAAUAA